AUGAACGCGGAGCGUUGCGAAUUCCUGGCCGGCAACUCGCUGAUCGAAGUGAUCCCAUCGAUUUCAGACAGUACGAUUUUCUUGAUUUCCGGCGAUAUUGGACCAUUUGAGGCCGGUGUUCCAUGCAAGCUGCCGAUUUGGAUAGCGAUUCUGAUGAAACGAAAGCAUAAUUGCAAACUCGUGGCACCGAAAUGGAUGGAAGUGGACGAAUUGAAGAAGAUCCUGACGUCAGAGACAGAGAAUCAGGGAUUGGCUUCUCUGCCAGAUCAUUUCUUUGAAAUCACCCAUAUGUUGGUACGAGACGCCACUGAUGAUAUAUUCGAAGUGGAGGCGGUGAAGUCGCUUGUACAGGACAUUUAUGAUCGGCGGGAUGCGAAAUUGAGGACCUCGGCGAUGGCUUUUUUGUCGCAGGUUCGAUUUUGUUGGACUCCAGAGGACGAUGAAUGCCACAAAAUCCAAAUGUAUCCCGAUGUUGUUCAUCUUCCUGGAAAACCAAAUAUUUCCACGAGGUGUCGCUGGAGAUUGUACAAUGCAUGGUUGCUCCAGCACAUCAAUUCCACGUGCCACGCACAACUAGACUGCGUCCAACUUCUGGAGACAUCAUCGGCCCGUGCGACACUGGAGGCUUGUAAGCAGAUGGGAAUCGUCAUUCGCAACAAACACGAGUCCACACCGCUAUAA